CCCAUUAUAAACUUUACCACCAUCAAGAACAAGAACAACAAUCGAUACCAAUAAAGAAUAUCCCAUACUCAUUAUGUGAGCGAGAAAUUAAGUUGGAUGUACUUGUGGAAUCAUCAAGAGCCUGUCAUACUGCACUAAUGAGAUAAAGACUACGGUAUUGAGGAGCACAUAUGAGCCGGACCGCGAUCUGCCCAUGAACACAAAGAAACAGUGUUGCAAUGGGCGUUGAUGAAUCACCUAAUUGAACUGAAACCCCACAAUGCUAAUGACGGCUCUCCAAUGUCCAAUUCCGAUGUGGAAACUUUUAAUGGAAAAAUAGUUUACAGUAUUGACGGAAGUGCACUUAUUAUCGAUGCAGGCGAUACUAACAUAAAAUUAAGUUCAAGUGGUGAUACAUCAGCGGCACCAUCUACAUACAUACCUCCUUCAGUGGCUGCUCUUAAAGCGACUCUUAGGUCAACAGGCAGUGAAAAAGCAAAGUCAAAUAAAUACCUGGAGUCGCAAAAGCUGAGCACUGCAGAGGAGGAAGCGGAAACAUCGGACUCCUUAUCGUUAUCAAGUGUGCUAUCGAUUUCAAGGACAGGAGAUCGGAAGCUAACUCCAAAGAUCCAUUCCUUUCGUGUGGUAUCUGCCGAAGAUGCGGCUGCAGGUACGCAUUGCCAGGACUCAGUCAAUGCCUUUCACACGCAGAAUCACAAGCCGAUUUUGAUGUGCUUUAUAUGUAAACUAUCCUUUGGGAACGCGAACUCAUUCAGUUUACAUGCGAACACAGAGCACAGGUUAAAUCUACAGGAGCUGGAGCAGCAGCUGCUGAGCCGCGAGUACUCCAGUGCCAUCAUUCAGCGCAACAUGGAUGAAAAGCCUCAAAUAUCGUUCCUUCAACCAUUGGAUGCUGGUGGCACUGCCAUUGAGUCCGGUGAGUCACUGCAUCUAACGGAGCUAUCAGCAGUGGGCAGCAAUGAGAUGGAUGGCUCAAACCCGACGCACACAUCCGUUAAACCAUGUUCCGGUAACGGUACUAACAAGCAAAGUGAAAGUAAACAUUUUGACAAUGUCGCUUUUAUUGCUGGUAGCGAGGGGGUGUUGCCGUCGCCUAGUGACAGCAGUUGCACCACAGCAAUAUCACCACUUGAAGUAGCAGUUAAGUCGACUGUGAAAUCUGGUUCCUUAAAUUCAGUAACAGCUAAGACUAAUAUCCCACAGUUCGAGCCGUCAAUAUUAAAAAAUUCAACUACCGCAACGGAACAUUCACAUUUACCACCCGCCCUAUCUACGGAUGUCUGUAAAGUGAACACCGCAAUCCGGGAGGUAUGCCUUCCUCCCGACGGCCUGGAGGCCAAUAGUACUGAUAAUAUAAGUAGUAAUAAGUCGUCAGCAACGCGCAACACCGCUUCGCCCAUAUGCCUAAGUGCUACUCAGGAGACUAUCCCAACAAUACCAGUAUCUCGCUUUGGUGAAGUUUCUGGCUCCCCACCACCAGAAUCACCCCAGCCUUCCGUCGAUUUGGAUCCUGCUCCAUCAGCAUCUGAACUUCUGCAGCAACACCUCUUGUCACUCCAGCAGCAGGUUGCAACUAGCACUGGCGUAGUCUUCCCUCCGAUGCAGUCCCAGGCUCAAACACAAAUUAGUUCCUUUCACGCGUCUCUCACCGCACUGGCUAAUGAGCAAAAUGCGAGAGGUGUUAAAUUGCUAACAGAAUUCUUGCAACAACAACUACAGCAACAGCAGCAACAAAUUCUGUUUUCCAACAGCUGUGCAGAGCACCAGGAAGGGAAGGGAGUGGACUGCAAGGCGUGUGAGGUGAUUGAUAUUCAAGACCAAAUAAAGUCGCCAACUCUGCAACAGCAGUCUCAACCAUAUUCCCAGUCCCAGUCUCAAGCGCAGACUCAGCUCCAGACUCAAGCCCAAAUCCUUCUACAUUCUCAGCCACGCUCUCCGAAUAACACAAAUGGAAGCAGCGGAGGAGUUUCGACAUCAAUUUCAAUGCCUAUCUCUCCCAGUACCUCCUCUGUGGCCAGUGUAGGCAAUCCGCCUGCCUCUAGCUUUACGAUUGGAGCCUGUUCUGAGCACAUUAACGGUCGUCCCCAAGGAGUAGAUUGCACGCGCUGUGAAAUGUUGUUAAACUCGGCGCGACUGAAUAGCGGAGUGCAGAUGUCCACACGAAAUUCGUGUAAGACCCUCAAAUGUCCUCAAUGUAAUUGGCAUUAUAAGUAUCAAGAGACUUUGGAAAUCCAUAUGCGAGAGAAACACCCAGACGGUGAGAGUGCUUGUGGAUAUUGCUUGGCAGGCCAACAACAUCCACGACUGGCACGGGGUGAAUCAUACUCUUGCGGUUAUAAGCCGUACCGAUGUGAGAUAUGUAAUUACUCCACGACUACUAAGGGUAAUCUUUCGAUACACAUGCAAUCGGAUAAACAUUUGAACAAUAUGCAGGAGCUGAAUAGCUCACAAAAUAUGGUUGCAGCUGCCAAGUUGCUUUUACCUAGCCCGUCGUCUCAAGGUGCUUGCAUUCCGACAUCGUCCGGUAGUGGCUCGUCCAGCCAGCCAACAGUGCUGGGAUCGCCCAGCGUUAGUACUAGCAUUAGUAGCAAUACCAACUACGCUAGCAGCACUGCAACUUCCACUGUAAUAGUACCGACUGCAAUACCGGGCACCGGUAAGUCGAAACCGUCUUUUCGCUGCGACAUCUGCAGCUAUGAGACGUCCGUAGCUCGAAAUCUUCGUAUCCAUAUGACAAGCGAAAAGCACACGCACAACAUGGCAGUUCUUCAAAAUAAUAUCAAGCACAUCCAGGCUUUAAAUUUUUUGCAACAGCAGCAGCAGGGUGUUGGGGGAAACGUCAACUCGUUUUUAGCAGCGCCCGAGGCAGCUUUGGCCGACUUAGCGUACAACCAAGCGCUAAUGAUUCAGUUGUUGCAACAGAACACAACCGCCACCCAACCUGGUAGUAUCCAGCAGCAGCCCAACACUAAAUUGUCAUCCACUGCGUCUUCACCAGUAAGUCCCACGGAGCAGUUACAAUUACAUGCGUCGUUCCCAUUCUCACCCGUUCUAAAGUCACAAACGCAGGGAAUAUCGCACAAUUUGAAGGUACCACAUGGAUUGGCCAUGAACUUAGCUUGGAGCGAGACUGGCGAGACACAGGAUUCCCAUUUUCAGCCAACUUCCUUGGCAGACGCCUGGCCAACAGCACUUUAUAGCUGCCAAAUCUGUGACUGUUUCAGCACAAAUAAUAUGGAUGAGCUAAACCAGCACUUGCAAAUCGACCGCACACGCCAAAGCUCAAGUGCAAGUUCCACAUCCUCUUCAGAUAUCAUGAUAAUACACAACAAUAACUAUAUUUGUCGACUAUGUAACUACAAGACGAACCUUAAAGCCAACUUUCAGCUUCAUAGUAAGACUGAUAAGCACUUGCAAAAAUUAAACUUUAUCAAUCAUAUUCGUGAGGGCGGAACGCGAAACGAGUAUAAACUUCAGUUUCAGUCACAGCUGGCGGCAGCUGGUGCGGUGCAGUUGAAAUGCAACUGUUGUGACUUUCAUACCAAUUCCAUACAAAAGCUCUCACUGCAUACGCAGCAGAUGAGGCAUGACACAAUGCGUACCAUUUUUCAGCACUUGUUGUACAUUGUGCAGCAGAGCAGCUUACGGCUGGUCUCAAACCCUUCUGAACCUGGGCAGUGUCAAUCAGAAGAGGAGUCAUCUCUCGAAAAGGACCAAAACCAGCAGCAGAAAACACAAUCUCCGUCAAAAUCGCUUUGCUGUCACCUAUGUAACUUUGUGGCAAAGAGUCUAUUAGAAAUGGUACAACAUGUGAAAGGAUUUAGACACAUGCAAGUAGAACAGUUUGUUUGUCUGCAACGACGUAGCGAGAACCUUGAGAUGCCGGGACUAAACGAAGUAUUUAAGGUCACUGAACGCCUUCCUGCUAGCGAUGAAGAUGAAAUGAUAGAUACCGGUUUAAAUUUGACUGAAUGCACAACUUCAGCCUCUGAACCUGGGUUUGGACCAAGUAGAACGACACCAGCUGAUAUCAAUACAUUUUCGCCUGCGUCCAUUUCUAGUCAUUCGACAUCAUAUGGGAAAAUGCAGGCUCGCAGCUCGUCACCUUCAUUAAAUCCAGACGAUUUGAGCUUAGGCGCUUCUAUAAAGCUGUUUAAGUGUAAUAUUUGUGAGUAUUUUGUGCAAACAAAAAAGGACAUAGAAGCCCACAUGGAGGCCAUACACCCAACGUCGGAGAGUGAUGACUACAUUAGUAUUCCGACCAACGAAGUGGCAUUUCAAGCUUUUCAAACCGCAGUUGCAGCCGCUGCUCUCGCGGCUGCUCAGCGUUGCAAUGUCGACAGGUCUCCAACUCUCACACCAAUGACAACACCAAGCCAUGCAACAGAGUCCGAUGCGGUAGACGACUGCCCAAUUGAAAUAAAGCGAGAGCGCCUUGAAGGAAUUGAUGAAACCAUAGAUGAUAAUGUUGACUCAGGAGAUAUUCUCAAGGUAAACACGCAGUCACAUACGGUAAAUUCAUUGCGUCCGCAUAUCUCCGAUUCGGUCGCAAAACUUUGUUUAGCAUGCCCACUGUGCUUAGAAAGUGGCUUCAGCUCAAAACAUUUCCUGGAAACACACCUCGUGAGCGUACAUAGUGUUACUCGUGAUGGACUUGCUAGGCUGCUACACCUAGUAGACCCUAAGCCAAUGAGGUCUUCUAUCUCAAGAGUAACAAGCUCAUUGGAAAUCGCGAAGGAACAGGACGGCAUUUGUGUUAGACCAACGGCCGAUGAUACGAUAUCCACUGCACCUGUUUUAUCAGUAAGCUGUUCACCUAACAAUAAUAUCAAUACAAACACGGGUAUUCAGGGACUCUCGUGCCAACAGUGCGAAUCUACAUUCAAGCACGAAGAACAGUUGUUGCAGCACGCACAGCAAACUCAACACUUUCCAAUUCAAAACGGUGAAUAUCAAUGCCUGGCUCUAACCCACAUAAGUAGGCCCUGUCCUAUGACUUUUAGCACCUUAUCGACCAUGGUAAACCACUUUAAGGACUCACACAUGUGUCUGGUGAUUUCUGAGCGGCACGUUUAUAAGUAUCGGUGCAAGCAAUGCUCGCUUGCGUUCAAGACACAAGAAAAGCUAACCACACAUAUGUUAUACCAUACAAUGCGAGACGCAACUAAGUGCUCACUGUGCCAGCGUAAUUUUCGCAGCACCCAAGCGCUGCAGAAGCACAUGGAGCAGACUCAUGCUACUGAAUUUGCUGCACCUACAACAACAGCUUCUGGUAAUGCGCAUGCUGAUAUUGUUCCUGAAGACAGCCCCCGCGAGCUUUCGCCUUCACUUAGCAGUAAUGAAAUGGACAAAAGCAAAAAUGAGACAAAUCUCUUUGAUUUCGUUACCCACGCAAGUGAAUACGCUGAAAAGAACAAUGAGAUGGGCGCUCAAAGUCCCCGAAAAAGCCAAACGCCGGUCCCGAUAAGUUCGCAGCCUAAGGAAUCUAAUCAAAACUCUAUUUUUCUAUCGCCAAACGCAUUGAACGCACCAUUAACAGAAGCGCAACAACAGCAACAGCACUUGGCUGCUUUGACUGCUGCAUUGCUAAAGUACCAGCAAGAUAAUAUGGGGUCAAAUUCCCCGGGAGAUAGCAGACUAUCAAUAUCACCCAACGACGUGCAUAAGAUGCACAAUCCAUUUGCAAGUUUGAAUCCACAAUCGUUCCAGGGCCUGCAAAAUUUGCAUCAAAUACAGCAACAGAUAACUACUGCCGCUGUUUCUUCAGGGAUACCCAUGAAUCCUGUAGAUAUGAUUAAUUUAAUGCAGUUCCACCACCUGAUGUCUCUUAACUUUAUGAAUUUGGCGCCCCCACUAAUCUUUGGCGGCAAUACUACAAACACCAACUCUUCAUCCCCCAUCGGAGGUGUUCAAAAUAAUGGUGUUAGUGCCGUAUCUCCCUCUCAAGCUCGCUCCCAACCACACUCAUCUAUGGCUAUUAAUACAGCCAGUCUUUCCGAUCUUCAGCAACAGCCUAGUAUGACGAGCGACUGUAGCAUUACAAACCCACAAAAUGUCGUCUCUAGUGGUGUUCAACAACAGUUGAUAAGCAAUCAGAAGCGUGCACGAACCCGUAUAACUGACGAUCAGUUAAAAAUCCUUCGCGCUCACUUUGACAUUAAUAACUCUCCCAGUGAAGAGAGUAUAAUGGAUAUGUCGCAAAAAGCGAAUCUUCCAAUGAAGGUGGUUAAGCACUGGUUUCGCAACACGUUGUUUAAAGAGAGGCAGCGCAACAAGGAUUCACCUUACAAUUUCAACAACCCACCUUCGACAACGUUAAACCUUGAAGAGUAUGAGCGUACGGGCCACGCUAAGGUGACACCCCUAAGUGAUUCUAGUGCCUCCUCUGCAAUAAGCGCACCACCAUCAACUAUUGUUGCAACCGAUGCUACGACGGCAUCAUCUGCAAGCCCAUCGCAAACUACGAAAUCUAGUAGCGUUACAGUCCAUACAUUUGGAACAGCACGUAGAACAAGCUCACGUGCAUCAUCAGCGAAUUCGACAGGUAACAUUUUGGAAUAUUCGACAAGAAAUAUUAUGAUGGCAGACUCCAAAACAGACCAAGAAAAAUUGGCUGGCCUGCCUUUGUCUUCACUGGAUAUGCAAAUAAAGACUGAGCCGCAGGACGAGCACCCACUGGUCAAUGAGCUACAAAUAAAGCGCCAGUAUCAAUUUCAGCAAGACUCAAAUUUUUGCAAGCAACAGCAGAUAUCAGAAGUUGUGGAAUCUCAGCAAUCACACCAGGUACAGUCAGAUCCCCAAGCCGACUACUUACAAGAUCAGCCUUUACCAACACCUGUGUCCAUGCAGUCACUGCAGUCAAAUCAAGUCACUUGCUUUGAAACUAAGUCGGAAAGUGGCAGCUCGGAUGUAUUGUCGCGUCCGGCCACUCCAAACAGUCUGGCAGGGUGUAGUUUGUACAGCAACAUGAACGAUAUAUUAAACCAACAAUUAGAAAACAUGGGCAGUAACAUGGGCCCACCCAAAAAGCAAACAGCUGUAAGUAAGUCCAUUGAAAAAGGUACGGGGACUGGAGGUAUUGUUGCUGUACCCGGCAUACCGGCGGCAGCCUGUGCACAGUUUGAGAACACAUCUUCUAAUUCAUCUAAUUCGUCGUCUUCAACAUCAGGUGGUAAGCGUGCCAAUCGCACUCGUUUUACAGACUACCAAAUCAAAGUUUUGCAAGAGUUCUUUGAAAAUAAUUCAUAUCCCAAGGACAGCGACCUUGAGUACUUGAGCAAGCUGCUUCUUCUGUCGCCCCGGGUGAUUGUGGUCUGGUUUCAAAAUGCACGCCAAAAGCAGCGCAAGAUAUACGAAAACCAGCCAAAUAAUUCGCUCUACGAGAAUGAAGAGGCAAAGAAACAGAACAUAAAUUAUGCGUGUAAGAAAUGCAGCUUGGUCUUUCAGCGAUACUACGAGCUCAUACGCCACCAGAAGAAUCAUUGCUUCAAGGAAGAAAACAAUAAAAAGUCGGCAAAAGCUCAAAUUGCUGCUGCGCAAAUAGCUCAAAACUUGAGCUCAGAAGACUCAAAUUCAUCAAUGGAUAUACAUCACCAUCACCCGUCUGGGGUUACGGGUUCAGGAUUAAAUGUCGCCGCUGCUGUAGCCGCUGCUGCCGCAGCUGCCGCUCAAUCGGGAGUCGGCACCCAACAGCAGUUUAACGCUUCGCUAUCCCCACAGCACUUGUUUAGCAAGUCCUCUUCGCUCACUGACUUUAGCCCAUCGACUACGCCAACGCCACCGCAGCGAGAGCGAAGCAACAGCUUAGACCAACAACGUAUGUCUAAGUUCGACUGUGAUAAGUGUGAGCUACAGUUCAAUCAUCUGGAGCACUUACGCGACCACCAACUAAUGCACCUAAUGAACCCGACCCUGUACGGUGGGUGCUCUACCAAUCAGUCAAAUAAUCAAUCAGAAGCUGCAGCAUAUGGACCAUUUGGCAGCAUUUUGCAAAGCUUGCAACAAGCAGCUCAGCAGCAACAGCAACAACAACAGCAAAAAUCGCUUCCUUCCGCUUCAAAAAAACGAAAGUUGUCGGGAUGCUCCUCGAAUGCCGAAGAGACCAUAUCCUCGAAAGAUAUUGAUGCUAAUCAGAAAUAUGAUUUUUUAUACCAUUACUAUAUGCAGCAUGAAACGAGUGCUGAGCUAAGGCAGCAAUUCCAAAUACAUCAUCAGCAAAGGCUGCAAGGAAAUGAUACUGAUUUUGAUAUCGAUUUUCUAAGUAAUUUUUACCAACAGAGUGAGAUGAAAAAGGUCAGCAGCUAUGAUUUUUUAAUACAGUAUUAUCGAAAAAACAAUAAGCAGCAUCUUCAUCAGCUUGAGGACAAUCGUCAGCAUUCCUUUAAUUCAAGCACUCAGCCAUCGAUUGAUUUUCUACUUCAAUUCUAUCAACUUAAUGAAUCAAAAAAGUUUUUUCAGUUAGUUGCCUCGCCCCAAACAGUACCUGAUGGCUCAGGGUCGCAGCCGUCGUCGCAGCGGCCGAGCGCGACGACGGAUGAAAAUUAUAGUGUGAUCGGCGAGCAGAUGCAUCCGCACAACAAUUUAAAUAAUAUAUUCGAUUGUAAUGGUCAAGUGUCUAAAAAUGAUGUAAAUGUAUCCACGAACGCAAAAACUGGACAGGUUAUUGACGUAAAAAAGGGAUCAAGUGUAGACAAAACUCUUAAGAAUGGAGCUAGUGGGAGAAGCGACCUCCCUGAAAGCGAUAACCUUGUAAAACUAAACAAUAACAGCAUCAAUAUAACUGACACUUUAUCGGAAGAACAAAACUUUGAAUUAAUAAAUGUUUCGCAACAUGAAAACGUAAAUGAAGAUCUGAAUGAAACUCAAAACCACAUUCAGGUUGAUAACGUGAUAUAUGAAGAAGAAUCUGAUGACCUAAAAGAGAUUAUACAUGGGCGAAGUAGAGAAAGAGAGAGGAAAACUAGUUCUAGCGAUGCUGAUAAAACGCAAUACUUUCAAAAUCUUGAAGACUUUCUCGAUGCCACCAUGAUUGAAAACAACUCACAAAUGUUGACCUUUAAUGAUGAUGACAUCCACACUAGUGCAAGAGUUGACAAUGUGGAUGCAGCUACAGCUACAUCCAAAGAUUUUAUAGGUGAUAAAUCAGAUACCGCAUCAGCCCAGCUAAGUGCGCCAUCAAAACAAAACAAGCGCUUGCGUACUACUAUACUUCCAGAACAACUUAACUUCCUUUAUGAAUGUUAUCAAACUGAAUCGAACCCUAGUCGAAAAAUGCUCGAGGAGAUUUCUAAAAAAGUAAAUCUCAAAAAACGUGUCGUUCAAGUUUGGUUUCAGAACUCUCGGGCGAAGGAUAAAAAGUCCCGAAAUCAGCGCCAGUAUGCUCACAUCUCUGAUGACAAUAACAGUUAUGAUGGAUCAUGUGGCAAAGAAGCUAACAAUACCACUAGUGUCAAUGGCUUAAAGGGCAAACAUAUUUUAUCAUCCACAGAGUUGAAAAAGAGCACACCUGCAAGUAUUCCUUCAAUCACUCCCACUCCUUCGGUCAUUAAAGCCGAGCUAGACGUUUGCCUGCAGGACUGUCAAUUAUGCCAGGUUCCACAAGUAAAUAUGCAGAAGCAUGCCUUUAGUGUGGAGCAUAUAUGUAAGAUGAGGGAGUUACUGGAGCAAACAUCUGAGCUAUACGCCAAUGCAAGCGGCAGUGACGAAAACGAUUCUGAUAAGGAAAAGCGCAAUUACAGCCUAUCAAGAACUUUUCUUAUGCAAAACGUUGCCACGGGAAUAGCGCCUACUUCCUUUGCCUCCGAAAACGAUCGGGUUGCAGUAGAAACAUGCUUAAAUUUAAACAUUGAUGCAGCAGAUUCGUCAACUAAUGAUGCCGACAUUGAACCUGAUCGCCAAUCUGAUGCUAGUAUACCCUUUAGCUCAACGUCAAGGCAAAGCCGGGCACCAGAAUCGCGAUGUCCCAUGGCUGGAGAUAUGACAUUGUCUUCUGUUAACGGCACUGAUUUAAGUAGUAAUGGGGAUGGUGGGCCAGAAAGAAAUAAGAAUAUCUCUAACUCAAUUAGCAGUCGGGACCGAGACAUAAUGAAACAAUUGUUCAGCCGUAGUCACAUCACCGGUAAGACUAGACAGUACUUUUUAUACACAUCGUAGUGAAUAACACUGUACGCAGUUUCUAUUUGUAUGAACUAUCCAAUUUUGAUUGAUUGAUUUAAUUAUUUGUAAAUUGCUCCCAAUUCUAGAGAAGGCUUAAGUUCAAAGUUUAUGUCAUAGUUUAGAAUUAAAGCAAUCAACGCUGUAAACAUUUGGCACACGCACGAAAAUUGAUAUUUAAGUAUAUCACCAACAAGCGAAAAAUUCAGCCUAUUCACGAUCUGCCUAGACUGCGUCUCAGUCUAUCGUAAGGUUUGACGUAGUUUUUUGAUUGAAAAACUCGAUCUCCUUCGAGCUUUUAGCACCAUCUUCGUACAUAGAAAAUUUUGUGUUUCUAGCAUUUAUAAUCUCUGAGAUCGCUGCCCACACAUCGAACAACUCACUGGAUUUUCCUUUUUAAUUAAGAAUAUAUAGACUUUCUGGAGUCAGAGACUACCUAUUUGCAGAACUUUAAAAUAUGUCAAAGUAUAUAAAAAUGAUAUAUUUCAAGCAUUAAAUAAUCAAGGACUAAGCUGAAUAUUGUUUUAAACAAAAACUAUAAUCAUAGUUAAAUAGACCGUAGUUAUCAACCAUACAUUCCUCGCAUUUGAUAAUAAUAAUUAAAAACGAUAAGCUUAUUUCCUCUGUAUAUACAUAUACUUAUCAUUUAUAUAGCACUUAUUGCAACGUGCCUAUUUUUACCAACGCAAAAAUUGAUAAUUUCGUUACAAAUAUUACUUUCAAAUAUGUAUAAGGUGAAAUCUCAAGUGGCCAUUGCCAGCCUGGACCACAAAGCAAUUUUUAGGCAUUAUAACGAAGCACUAAAAGUGUACAACUAUCAUAUAUUCUCGUAAUUAGUACAUAAAUUAAGAAAAAAUUAUUUUCCCGUUCGAAGACAUUUGUAUGGCUUUUGAA